UUCGUUCAUAUCUUUUAAAAGAAGAAAAUUGCACAUAAAAUCGUAGCAAAAAUGUAAACGAGCCUUAAAUUAAGGCUUAAUUGAGUCAUCUUUUAUGCCUGGAUAAAUACGAAACUCAUAAUGGUCUAUGGAGUAUAUACAUUUUACCCACUGAAAAUUGUCCCCAUGUCGUCAUGCAUAAGUCUAUUUUUUUAGCAAGUAAACCUUUUUCAAUUAACUCCCAUGAGGUAAAUAUUGAGUUCUUGGUGAAAUUAAAUUACAAACAGUGCAAUCAAAGGAGGUCUGUUCAAACAAUAAAGCGUAUGAACAAUAGGAAAUGUUGGUUCAGUUGCGUGUAUAUCUUUAAUUAGCAACAGCGUUGUGAUACUGAAAGCUUGUAUAUACUGCUAUAAAUGUCACUGUAGGGGAUCAUACGGCUCAUUCAAGUUUAAGACAUCGAUCUUGUAUGACUAUAUUUCUGAAUUGUUAGAAUUGUUGGAAUCAGAUUCUAGUGGUUGCUGACUGCUAAAAACUGAGCAAUGGGUGUUUUAGUUGUCCCUUUAGCCUCUCUGACACUGUUGAUGUUGUUCCUUGGUAAGUAGAUAUUUCUAAAAUUUCUAUGCAGCAUUGUUUAAUACGACAGUUAAUUCGAAAUGUUAUACUUAUAGUCGGUGAUUUUUUAAAUGAUGUCUUACAAGAGGUAAAAACUAUUCUAAAAGCGAUAUCGACUAAUUGUGUAAUUGUUAGGGUUUAAAUCUUUUUUGUCGCCUAAUAUUAUAGUACAAUAACGAUCUUACUAAUGGCAGUCGUGGACAGAUAUUUCGAAAAAAGUAGAAGCGAAUGCAGCAAAUAAUAUAUUCAUAAUUAUGACAACAUAAAAUUCUUGUAUUAUUUUGCUGUUAAAUAUGUUUUAUAUGGAGUGGAAAAAGAAUCUUGCUUAAUAAUUGUGACAAUCGAAACUUUGUGACAUUGCGACGCCAGAGCCAAUAAAAAGGCUACAAAAUGCAAUAUUCUCAUGAACUAUGAGUGUAUGUACAUGUGGGUCAUACUGUGGUCAUACGAACUAUUACUGCAUGGAUUGUGACUUCUGGGUUCUAUAAAUUGGUACUAAACAGUACGCCCGUGCGUGAGCUAGUAAGGUAAAUUAGAGGGUUUUAUUAGACUCGUAGACCAUUUUAGAUAGUUUGUUGGAAGAAGCGUGUUCCUGAUUGGGCAACUAGACAUAUUGAUUGACGAAUCAGAAACAUUUCUUGUCCGCAUACAGAUACUAUGCGUUGCAGCGGCGAGCGGCUAAAUUUUUUAUGAGGCUAUAUGCGUUGUUUACUGACUCGAUGAAACUAGAGACUUGUUGUUUAUUCCUUGUGGUUUUCAUUUCAGAUUGCACAAUGUCGGCAAAUAUGGGAAAACAGAAAAAGUCUCAUGAUAUCCACCUGAAGAUGAACAGUGUUGAAUUGAAAAGAUAUUUUGGUGCAUCCUCAUUGACAAACGUACCUGAAUAUGACAUAACGUUUCCUAAACAUGCUAAUGAAAAAGGACAACAAAUUUCAAGUCAUCGUGCAAAACGUGGGACUCGAGCAACUGGCUUGAAAUACUAUCAUCUUAACGCGUUUGACAAGGAUCUUCGUCUAAAAGUAUCAUUGAAUAAGCGUCUGCUUGGUCCUGCUUUUCACGUUGAAAUUCGACACAAGGAUGGUUCAAAGACCAUUAAUGAUGCGCCCCAUCGUAAUUUUUACCACGGCCAUGUCAUUGAUCAUCCGGGAUCUUUUGUUGCAUUAAGUGAUCAUCGUGGAGUGAGUGGUGCACUUCGCCUUGUGGAUGAUGAAAUGUUGUUCAUAGAGCCUAUACCUCGUCAUCUGCUAGAGCAGGAUCAUGAUGAUGACAGUAUCCCUCAUCUCGUCAUAAAGAAAAAUGAUAAAGAUUUUAAAAAGGAUAACAAAGUUAUGUUUGAUACGCGAGACAAUCUACCACGAGAUGAGACAUUACUUGGUGAAAGAGAAUUCAGAAAUAAGGAUGAAAUUGAUGAUGAUGAAAACGGACAUAGAUUUUAUGAAAUCAUCUAUGUCGGUGAUCACCUGAUUACUGAGCACAUUCCACUGAAAGAACUACCAGACAUGCUACUUAUCAUUGCUAAUAUUGUUUCAAGAAUGUUCACAGAUAGUUCCUUUGGUGACAUCAAAUUGCAUUAUGUUGUUACAAAGAUUCUUAUCCUUAAUAACGGCGAGCUAAAUUAUACUCGAAAAGCCUCAAAUGGAGUUAAAAUAGAUCACUUUGGAAGUUGGUUGCAAGCAAACAAUCCUCAAUCAGACGAGGAUCCACAGCAUGUUGAUGCAGGGACUUUGUUCACCAGCCACACUGGUGGAGGUCUUGCCCUGUCUGGUGGGAUGUGUUACUGGAGGAGCAUGCCUUCUAUUGUUGGACACAUUGGUCUUAGUUCUUCUGUUAUUGCUGCCCAUGAAAAUUUCCACAAUCUUGGAGGUGGACACGACCCAGGAACUGAUGAAUGUCCCAAUGGAGCUAAUAUCAUGUCUACGUACGUCCCUUCUGGUAAAGCCUGUUUUACAUGGUCAAAAUGUUCGAGAAGAUGGGUACAAGAUUAUCUAAGAUCUGGUCGUUCAUUUUGCAUGAAAGAUGCGCCAACGUUAAAACCUCCUGCAAUACCUCCUUACAUGAAAAACAACCUACCUGGUUCAAUAUUUGACGGGCACAAACAAUGUCAAUACUCACUUGGAACUUCUAAAGCACGACAAUGCGCAAGUACCUGUGGCCCCCUAUACUGUGACGAUGGUGGUGGAUGCUGGUGGCGUGGGGGUGCACCUGCAGAGGGGACAUCCUGUGGAAAAGACAAGUGGUGCAUCAGAGGUGAAUGUGUUGACAAUGGUUCUCCUUCCAUUAACGGGAACUGGGGAUCAUGGUCUGAGUAUACCCAGUGCAGUCGAUCAUGUGGAGUAGGAAUACAAUAUCGUUCACGAAAAUGUGACAAUCCAAGUCCAAAAAGACACGGAGAACCAUGCAAAGAUCCCAGUAAAGACAAAGAAGAGAGAACCUGUAAUAAGCAAGCAUGUCCAGGUGAUUCAAAACCCUUCAGAGACAUGCAAUGCAAGUCUGCAGUCAAUGUUAAUUAUACUCAUUAUAUUCGUCCAGGCGCAGAGUGUUGGCGGUGGUGUCGUCAUAUUUCUAGUUCAGGAGCAAGCCUACAUGGCCAGGUUACAGAUGGUACAAGAUGUUAUGGCGAUGAUGAUAAUAAUCCUGAUAUAUGUGUUCAAGGAGAGUGUGAGCAUUUGGGUUGUGAUAAGGAACUGAAUGGAGAUGAACUUGAUCGUUGUGGUGUGUGUGCUGGAGAUGGGUCGACAUGUGAGCCAGAAAUGACCAACUACACCAAAAUACACUUAUCAUGGGGAUUCGAUAAUGCAGACACAAUGGUGAUUUUAAAAAAAGGUUACAGCAAUGUCCACGCCAAAAUGAAUGGGGCAAAUUGGAAUAUGAUAGGCAUUCAGGACAUGAAUGGAGAGUAUAUCAUCAAACUGCCAUCUUGGACUAAGACAACAGAGAGAUCCGGCAUGAAAAUUACUUAUGUACGAAGAAGUAAUACAUAUCAAGAUGAAAUCAUCAUACCUGGUCUUGUGACUGAAGAUCUAAAACUUGUGUUUGUUCACAUCAGAGGCCGGAACGAAGGUGUUGUUAUUCGGUACAGUGUUCCUGUAGAGAAUCCUGCCAAACCAUCUCCAGAUAUAUUCCGCUGGAAAAUAGGUUUAUGGUCAACUUGCUCAAAAACAUGUGCAGGAGGUAUGUCUACCCGAGAUGUGACAUGUUCCCGUGAAGAUGAUAAUACUCGCGUUGGAAUGUCAAACUGCCCCUCGAAUGCAAAACCAGCUGUUGAUCAAGUGUGCAAUGCACAUGAUUGUCCUCCAGAAUGGCAUUCUUAUUUGACAGCUUGCACUAAGACAUGUGGAAAAGGAAGCCAACACAGAAAAAUUGAAUGCAGACGAUUAACAACUGAACACUUUCGGGUGGUUGACGACACGGAAUGUGCCGGUCCAAGACCAACAGCAGAAAAGCCGGAUUUUGUUCAUUGUAACGAAAUUGCCUGUCCACCAUCGUACAAGCCUGGACCAUGGUCAAAAUGUUCAACGAUAUGUGGCCAGGGUGUUAUGACAAGAUCACUAAAAUGUGAAAUGAUCAACGACCAGGGAGAAAUUGCAUCUUUACCAAUGCAUGUUUGUGAACAGUAUCGCAUUGUGAAACCGCCGACAGAAGGAAAUUGCAACUUUGAUAGUCCAUGUGUAGCAUUGCCAAAGUACAGUCCUCUUGGUUGCUUCAAAGACAAGUUUGUUGGUCGAACACUUCCACAAUACCUUAAAAAUCUUCGACCACAAAUCGACUGGCAAAAUAUGGAUGCCACUAUCAUCGCUUGUGCGAAGCUUGCACAGGAACAUAAAGUGGAGUAUUUUGCUGUUCAGUAUUAUGGUGAAUGUUGGGCUGUCAAGCCUGGAAUAGUUCCGAACUAUGACAAGUACGGACCGGCUGGUAACUGUUGGAGCGGAGUCGGCGGACCCUGGUCUAAUUAUGUGUACAAGAUGGUAAUGAACUGAUGAAUUCUAACUACGAUAGGGGAAUGUAUGUAUGUAUGUAUGCAUGAGCAAGGGCAAAACAUGUGAUUGGUUUUUCUCGAUUAAUAUUAAAAUAUAUUAC